AGCCGUCUCGGCUCAUGGCCACGCCGGCUCGAGGCCCAGGUGCCACCUAGGCUUCCGCGACCUGCGUCGCCGCCAGGCACGCUGUCGCCUCCCGAUCGGCGCCCCGGGGGCAGCAUGGCCGCCGCGGAGAGCAAGUACAAGAGGCGGCUAGCCGAGAUCGCCGAGGAUGAUAAGCCACCCGAACUCGACCCUGACGAAGACAACAACUAUCAGGACUACGUGUCCAUCAAGACCCGCAAGGCGAUGCGCAAGGAGAAGCUCACGAGCGUGAGGCAGCGAGAGCGCAAGGAGGAGGUGGAGAAGGUGAUCCACGAAACGAUUCAGGCAGAGAAGAAGCGCCGUGGCGUGGCCAACUCGCUCCUGGCAGUUUCGCAGAAGCUGCGACAAGAGGAAGAGCUGAAUCGCGAAUCGCGGGAAGAAGCCGAAGUGGAAGCUAUCCAGAAAGAGGAGGAGAACAUUUUAGAUCAGGUGCAGAUGCAGAUGAGCACCCCGUUAAUGUCUGUGAGAGAGCGUGCCAAGGGCAUCGUGUAUACAGAGCGUAUGCCUUCCAUUGGUGGUUGGCGUCCUCUGAAGAAGUACCGCGAUAUGCCCGAGGAAGAACGCGCGGCGAUCCGGGAAAAGUUCUUCAUUGAGACCAACGGCGAGGACAUUCCAGCCCCUAUCAAGAAGUUCGAGGAGAUGCGCUUGCCGCGGGGUUUGCUCGAGGGUCUCAAGCUGAAGGGUAUCCAGCGGCCGACGCAGAUUCAGAUGCAGGGAAUCCCCGCAGCAUUGAUGGGGCGUGACUUGAUAGGAAUCGCAUUCACUGGCAGUGGAAAGACGUUGGUGUUUGGUAUUCCGAUGAUCCUGUGCUCGCUGGAGCAGGAGAUCCGAUCCAGAGUGCAGAGCUCUGAGGGCCCCUAUGGUUUGAUUAUCGCUCCCUCGCGCGAGCUGGCCCAUCAGACGUACGAGGUGAUAGAGUUCUACACGGACCAGCUGGUGGAGCACCACAAGGAGUUCCCGAAGCUGAGGACCGUGCUCACGAUCGGAGGCCUGAGCACAGGAACGCAGGCCGGGGCACUGCGGCGAGGCGUCCACAUGGUCGUGGCCACUCCAGGACGCCUCAACGACCUGCUGAACAAGAAGAAGUUUUCAAUGGCGCAGUGCCAGUAUCUCUGCAUGGAUGAGGCGGACCGUAUGGUAGACCUGGGCUUCGAAGAAGAGAUCCGCAACACUCUGGAUUGCUUUCGAGGCCAGCGCCAGACAUUGCUCUUCAGCGCCACGAUGCCCAAGAAGAUCCAGGACUUUGCAAAGACAGCGCUCGUCGACCCGAUUGUCAUCAACGUGGGCCGAGCCGGCGCGGCUAACUUGGACGUUAUCCAGGAGGUCGAGUACGUGAAGCAGGAGGCCAAGCUGGUUUACUUGCUGAAGUGCCUCCAGAAGACGCCGCCGCCCGUGCUGAUCUUCUGCGAAAACAAGUCAGACGUCGACGAUGUGCACGAGUACUUGCUCCUCAAGGGCGUGGAGGUCGUGGCGAUCCACGGCGGCCUGGACCAGGAGGAGAGGCACGAGGCGAUCAAGUCCUUCAAGGAGGGUACGAAGGACGUCCUCAUAGGCACGGACGUGGCCUCGAAGGGGUUGGACUUCCCAGCGAUCCAGCACGUGAUCAACUUCGACAUGCCCAAGGAGAUCGAGAACUACGUGCACCGCAUCGGGCGUACGGGUCGCUGCGGGCGCACUGGCGUGGCCACCACGUUCGUCAACAAGAACCAGGAGGAGACCAUCCUUCUGGAUCUCAAGGCCCUUCUUCUUGAGGCAGGGCAGAACGUGCCGCCAUUCCUCAUGCAAUUGGAUUCGGUCGCCGACGUGCAUAAUGUUCAGGAGAUCGGUGGAGUCAAGGGAUGCGCCUAUUGUGGCGGUCUUGGGCACCGUAUUGCGAAUUGCCCCAAGCUGGAGAACACACGGCAGAAGACGGCGUCGGGCCAGAAGGACUACAUCCUCACCACAGGAGGCAGGUUCGGAGGCACCGAAGGCUACGCCGGCGACUGGUAAGCACUGUGCGCCGCAGCUGCGCAAGUGAGAGGAUACAUGUUGCCUACUCUUGUGUCUUGCCUCGAUCGACGUGUCGCGGCAGCACUGCCUCGCGCCAGCUGGGGUAAGGCAAAAUUGAUUAGAGGUCCCUUCUCGUCGUCGUCUGGUCCUCGGCGGCCGUCUGCCAGCUUUCCUCUUUGACCUCCUCCUGCUCGGCCUCCUCCGCC